GGCAGAGAGGAUGCGGAGGCUGGGACCUUACAGCCCGUGGUUGCUGGCGCCCAUCCGCGCACAGAGCCGCUCCCCGCGGGACCCAACGCGCUCAGCCCGGGGCCGCUGAUCGGGGCGGGCAAGGCAGAAGGGCGUUCCGAGGAGCUGCUCCUUGCUCCGGGAUGGUCCCCGCAGACCGGCGCUUUCCCGGCCGGCCGAGCCAGUUUCGUUUCCCGCUGGCUCCGCCUCCGCCCUCCGCUCUGCCCCCGGCUCUUUGCUCCGGCUCUCAGCUCCAGCUCUCUGCUCCGGCUCUCUGCCCCCGGCUCCGGCGAUGAUGCGGCGCUGUCCCCCGGGCUCACCGGGCUCCCGGACCGUCCGUGCCCUGCCGCCCUCCGCCCGUGCCCUCCGGCAGCGCCUGCGCCAGUGUGCAGAACGGAUCCCAGAGGCUGAAGCAGUACUCGACCUGCUGGAGAAAUGUCCAGAGCACCAAAAAAAAGGAGGUUUUCCUGUCAUAGUUUUUGAGGGGCUGGAUGCCACAGGCAAAACCACGGUGACCCAGGCUGUUAAGGACACCCUGAAUGGCGUUCUGCUGCAGUCCCCACCAGCCUGCAUCAGCCAGUGGAGGACUGUAUUUGAUGAUGAGCCAACACCCAUUAAAAGAGCAUUUUAUGCCGCAGGCAACUACAUCCUGGCUUCAGAGAUAGCGAAAGCAUCCACCCAGGCACCUGUGAUCAUAGACAGAUACUGGCACAGCACAGCUGCCUACACAAUUGCCACUGAAACAAGUGGGAAAGUCCAGGAUCUUCCACCAGCUCAAGAUGAGGUGUAUCAGUGGCCUGAAGAUCUGCUUAAACCUGAUCUUGUUCUCCUCCUGACUGUUGACCCUGAAGAACGAGUCCGGAGACUUCAGCAUCGAGGGCUGGAGAAAACCAAAGAGGAAGCUGAGCUGGAAGCUAACAGCUUGUUUCGCGAAAGAGUUGAGGAGUCAUACAGAAGGAUGGUGAACCCUGCAUGCCAAGAGGUUGAUGCCAGCCCCUCCAAGGAGGAGGUUCUCAAGACUGUUCUAGAACUAAUUAGGAAUCAUUGUGCUGUUUGAAAGCAACUUUUGUGUAGUAACCCUUAAAAGAUACUUUUUUAUUGCCCCACUGGUUUGCACUUAAAAGAUAAUUUUUUAUUGCCUCGCUGGUUUUGGUACCUAAAAUUGCACAGUGAUGUGUUUUGUCUCACGGUUUUAUGCUGUCAACAGUAAUCUGUGCAGGUUAUCUGUUUUGUGGUUGCUACUGUACUUUUUUUUUUUUGUAUAAGGCAAAACGCUACUCAUGUCAUUCAGCAUUCUUAGUAAAGAAACAAACAUGUACUACAUGUGCUACAGUCAUGCACAAAGUACCUCAGAGUGCUCUCUGACACCAGGACAUUUUGAGAUGCCAUCAUAUUGCAUCUUCAUCACCAGGAGAACCUAUUCCCUGGUCCAUUGUGUACCAAAAUUUGCUGCACUGCCUCAGGAGCAUUAGAUGCCCAAGGAGAGGCUGAAAUGUCAUCAGAGCUAAAACAAUAAAAUGAUCAAAACAUUUAGGAACAGAAAAUCCAGUGCCCAGUGUUGGGUUUUUUUGGAAUAGAGGAUGAGCAGCUGUUGCUGUGAUGGGCAUCCUGGAAAAAAAUGUGUUGUAAAUGAGUGCCAGUAAACACCAAGGGCUCUAAGUAAUAAAGUCUAAGCCUGUUCAUAUAUGCAACUGAAAUAUCAAUUUCAGAAACCAGACAAUGCCAGCAAAUGAGAAACAGAGACCUGAGGAGAACCUGAAAUUAAAAACUCAUAAAUGAUCACUACAAUAUUUUUUUACAAAAUUUUUCUCUAUCCUAAUAUUAUUUGUUAAUGAGAACUAGUAUUCUUUUGAGAGAAUACGAAAUUAAAAACCACAGAGAUUCUGAGCAAUGGGAAUGAUUGCACCUUUUCAGUUAAUAUUUUCUUUCUUGUAUGGCUGUUUCAACAGGCUGAACGUGAAAGCAGGCUACAUCAAGACUUCAGGUCUGCAAAGACUUAUUUUUAUGUACAUUAGUUUAACUAUUGUUACUUCUAAGUGUAAAGCUAAACAUAUGGAUAAGCCUUUGUGAGGUCAGAAAUAAAGCUGCAGUUCCAGAAAAAAAAUCUUAAAAUGUCAAUUUGAUUUAAAACACUUUUACUUCCUUUUCUAUUUUAAGCAAGUGCAAUUAUCAAUGAAUCUGUCCUCUAAAUAAAAAUAUACUCAGUACUGUAGUUCCUAUAUUGAGUCUGUAUAUACAAGGUGAUA